AUGGGAUCGGAACAUUCGACGAUUUCAGGCAGCCCUCAACGCCAAGGAAGUCUUAAUGUCGAACCCCAGUCUAAACCAAUGACCGGGGCUAUAAAAAGACAAAACACAAUUGCUAACCCCGGUGUUUCAGUGACCGCUGAAGAUAUUUACGGGGAGAAUGGAAGAUCUGGUUCCAUUUCUCCUGGACCAUCUGUUUGUAGCGAUGUGGAUUUGCCCUAUAUUAGUUAUACUGUAAAUAGGCCUAUAGGAGAUUCUCCCAAAAUGACGAAUAGCAAACCAAUACCAAAAGCAAAAAACACAAACAGGAUACAAAUCCAACAAAAAUCUAAAAUAAAAUCGGCACACAAUAUAGUAGUAGUAAGAGGUGCAAAAAACGACAAGGACACUGAAAAAGAUCCAGAUGUAGUUUGUUUACAAGGCAUUCCAAUGUUUUUACCAAUUAUGAGAGCAACAUUGAGCCUACCAGCCGCUAGAGAUCCAGAAGUAUUAGAGAGACUUGACCCCACACCUUUUAGAAAUCUUUGUUUGAGGUACCAACAUCAUUUAACUGCUGCAGCUAAUUUAGUGGCCACUGAACAAAAUCAAUUAACGCAGAAAGUAAGGGAAAUUGAUUCAGAUAUUACAAAAAUCGUUAAUACUACAGUUGAACGGCAGAAAAAGUACGCUAAAUAUGCAGAAAAAUUAGGAAGAGUUCAAGAAUUAAGCCACCAAUUAAAUAAAUGUCAUAUGUUGUUAAACCAAACGUUAGAAUCAAUGGAAACUUUAAAUAAUUAUUUAGAUAUUAAUGAUAGGCUUGAACCAUUUGUCUGGACUACAGGCUAA